AGGCGCAGUGCUGUGUUUGUCUGCGGGACUGACGGGCGGCCGGGCGGUGCGCGGUGGCGGCGGGGAAGAUGGCGGCGUCCUCCCUGGAGCAGAAGCUGUCCCGCCUGGAAGCAAAGCUGAAGCAGGAGAACCGCGAGGCCCGGCGGAGGAUCGACCUCAACCUGGAUAUCAGCCCCCAGCGGCCCAGGCCCAUUAUUGUGAUCACUCUAAGCCCUGCUCCUGCCCCGUCCCAACGAGCAGCCCUGCAGCUCCCACUGGCCAAUGAUGGGGGCAGCCGCUCACCGUCCUCCGAGAGCUCCCCGCAGCACCCCACGCCCCCCGCCCGGCCCCGCCACAUGCUGGGGCUCCCAUCAACCUUGUUCACACCUCGCAGCAUGGAGAGCAUCGAGAUUGACCAGAAGCUGCAGGAGAUCAUGAAGCAGACGGGCUACCUGACCAUUGGGGGCCAGGUACUGCCCUUCCCUUGGGCCCCCCCAGGGAGGGUGGGCAGGACGCAGCUGGUAGGUCUGGGCUGGGGGUGGAGGGCAGAGGCCCAGUGGACCCCCAGCCCUGGCUCUCCUUGCCAGCGCUACCAGGCGGAAAUCAACGACCUGGAGAACCUGGGGGAGAUGGGCAGCGGCACCUGUGGCCAGGUGUGGAAGAUGCGUUUCCGGAAGACGGGGCACGUCAUCGCUGUCAAACAAAUGCGGCGCUCGGGGAACAAGGAAGAGAACAAGCGGAUCCUCAUGGACCUGGACGUGGUGCUCAAGAGCCAUGACUGCCCCUACAUCGUGCAGUGCUUUGGGACCUUCAUCACCAACACGGACGUCUUCAUUGCCAUGGAGCUUAUGGGCACGUGCGCCGAGAAGCUCAAGAAGCGGAUGCAGGGCCCUAUCCCUGAGCGGAUCCUGGGCAAGAUGACGGUGGCGAUCGUGAAGGCACUCUACUACCUGAAGGAGAAGCACGGCGUGAUCCACCGGGACGUCAAGCCCUCCAACAUCCUGCUGGAUGAGCGGGGCCAGAUCAAGCUCUGCGACUUCGGCAUCAGUGGCCGCCUUGUUGACUCCAAAGCCAAAACGCGGAGCGCAGGUUGCGCUGCCUACAUGGCACCUGAGCGCAUUGACCCCCCGGACCCCACCAAGCCCGACUACGACAUCCGGGCUGAUGUGUGGAGCCUGGGCAUCUCCUUGGUGGAGCUGGCGACGGGACAGUUUCCCUACAAGAACUGCAAGACGGACUUUGAGGUCCUCACCAAAGUUCUACAGGAAGAACCCCCACUCCUGCCCGGUCACAUGGGCUUCUCGGGGGACUUUCAGUCCUUCGUCAAAGACUGCCUUACUAAAGAUCACAGGAAGAGACCAAAGUAUAAUAAGCUACUUGAACACAGCUUCAUCAAGCGCUACGAGACGCUGGAGGUGGAUGUGGCGUCCUGGUUCAAGGAUGUCAUGGCGAAGACCGAGUCGCCGCGCGCAAGCGGGGUCCUGAGCCAGCACCACCUGCCCUUCUUCAGGUAGCUGCACAGCGGCGGCCAGCCCACUGGGGGCCGGGGGCAUGGCCACCGGCCUCCCGUUACCCACCCGGCCACCCAGCUGCCCUCCAGGGGAGCCCUGGGACCUGGACGGCCGCCGAGGGCUGAGGACAGAAAGUAGGGGGCGCCGACCCACCCCUGGCUCCCUGCCCACCAGCCAUGGACAGAUGGGCCCGCCAGGCCCCAGCCCUUCCCGUCCCAGGAUCAGCCGGCUGUGUGCACCGCCCCCCCCCCAACCCCCGA